AUGGCAGAACCUCCAAAUGGAGAAACAACAGUGGCUGAACAAGCUGCUGCAUUGGGUGAGCAAAAUGCACCAAAGACACCUGAGAAGAAAGAAAAUGAGUCAAGGAAGGAAGCCACAAAGAAAGCUACACCAAAGAAAGCCACUACACCAAAGGCAGCCACACCCAAGUCACAUGCUAAAAGUCCCAGCGCAGCAGAAAAGGCCACAGGACUCAAGAGGCCAGCAGCCAGUGGUAAGGCCAAGGCAGCUGCCAAGGUAAAGCCUACUACCAAGGUUAAAAAGGUACCAAAGUCACAAGCAAAGGCAAAGUCAACACCAAAGGCAGCACCCAAAGCAGCUGGCAGCAACAAGCCAAAGCAUACAGAUGAGCAGUCAGAGCAGGAGCAGAAGAAGGAACCCCCAAAAAAGAAAGGAAAGGAAACUUUGAAGGACCAAGCAAUGAAAUGGGUUGACAAUUUAGACAAGCCAGAAGAUGAAGAGAAGGACAAUACCACAGAGGCAAAGGCUGAAGAGAGAGACAGGCAGAAGGCACAAAAGUUUAGAAAGCUUGAGAAAGCAGGUGCUUUGCCUGCAGAAGUGAAGGAGGCCUUUGAUGCAGCUGAAAAAAGCCAAAACCCAAGAGCCAACAAAACUCAGCUCAUCAACAGCCUUUUCAGAAAAGAGGGCAACAACUUUGUGAUGGUUCCCAAAGACCCUGCCUUCAAAAGGGUUCAAAAGCUGUUGGAUGUGAAGUAUGGAAAGGAAGAGGCACAAAGUUUCCCCUGGUCCAUCAUGCUCCAUGACAAGUUUGGUGGCAACGAAAGUGCACUAGAGAAAGCUUUACAGUGUGGGGAUGUUGUUGUGACCAGCUACCAGGGAAAGGACUAUUAUAGCUACAACACUUUGAAGUCAGGCAGGAUGAAAAGUUUGGGUGAUGAAAGUGAAUUGAAUGAUGGCCAGCACAGCUUGGAUGAAAGCUCUCACCAAGUCAUUUCUGACUGGUUCAAGAGCUUGAAUGUUGGCUCACUGCAGCAGCAAGUGGAGGACUCAGCAGAAGCAGCAGGAGACACAGUUCUAGUUUUAACAAAGCCAAAGACUCAAGAAGUUGACUGGAACCAUGUUGAGAAGGUGUUGCAGUCAGCAAAGGCUGCUCAGGAAAAGUUGAUCAGGGAUGGCAUGAAGUUGAAGGAACAGGUGUUGGCAGCAAAGGAUCAGGACUUACUUGACACCUUCAAGGGCAGCCUCAAGGAUUUGCAGGACAAUGACAAGGAUUUGGACCACUGUUUGCUGUGGAAGGUCUGCUGGUUUGGUGUGGGGGUCACUGUGAGAGGUAUAUACUUUGAGAACACUUGGAGAUUUGCACUUUCAGGGUUGCACUUUGUAGGGGGCACUUUGAAGGUCACACUUUGA